CUUGUAGACAUAGACAAUUCUAAGAAGACAACUUCCAUGGCCGCUGCUACUCAACCUCAUGUCAUGGUGCUACCGUUCCCUGCACAAGGCCAUGUCAUCCCACUCAUGGAGUUAUCUCAUAGGCUUGCUGAUCAAGGCUUCAAGAUUGACUUCGUAAACACUGAGUUCAACCACGACCGUGUCCUCAAGGCCUUGGCAGAGAAAGGAGCAAUCCCUGGUGGAAUUCGCAUGCUCUCCAUUCCAGAUGGAUUGGACCCUGCUGAUGACCACACAGACAUCGGCAAGUUGGUUCAGGUCUUACCAGACGCUAUGCUCAGCCCCCUGGAGAAGAUGAUUAGAUCCGAAAAGAUAAAGUGGGUAAUAGUAGAUGUAUCCAUGAGCUGGGCACUAGAACUGGCUACCACAAUGGGUGUCCGUAUUGCCUUGUUCUCAACUUACUCCGCAGCUAUCUUUGCACUCAGGAUGAACCUUCCUAAACUGAUAGAGGAUGGUAUUCUUGAUGAAACUGGGAAUGUAAAGAAGCAUGAGAUGGUCCAACUGAUGCCACCUAUUGAUGCAGCCGAGAUCCCUUGGGUCAGCCUUGGCAGCACCCAAGAAAGACGGAGAUAUAACAUCCAAAAUGUCUUUAAGACCAACCGACUAAUGGCACUUGCUGAAAUGAUCAUCUGCAACACUUUCAGGGAGAUAGAAUCCGAAGCAUUGGAACUCCUCUCAAAUGCACUGCCUGUCGGCCCACUUUUAGCACCUGCUUCGGGGCCAACAGGCCAUUUCUUGCCUGAAGACAUGACUUGCCUCACCUGGCUCGACACACAGGCCCCCGGCUCCGUUAUCUAUGUGGCCUUUGGGAGCUCCACCAUCUUUGACAUAGCUCAGUUCCAUGAGCUUGCUAACGGGCUUGCCGUCUCUGACCAACCAUUUCUGUGGGUUGUCCGACCUAACUUUACCAAUGGAAUCCAAGAAGAUUGGUUCAAUGAAUAUAAAGACCGUAUCAAGGGCAAGGGGUUGGUUAUUAGCUGGGCUCCCCAGCAACGAGUACUAUCACACCCUUCAAUCGCUUGCUUCAUGUCGCACUGUGGGUGGAACUCAACAAUGGAAGGUGUACUGCACGGUGUCCCGUUCUUAUGCUGGCCUUAUUUUUCCGACCAAUUCUGCAACCAGAGCUACAUAUGCAAUGUGUGGAAGACAGGCAUUAAGCUUUUCCGAGACAAGCAAGGGGUUGUCACACAGGAGGAGAUCAAGAACAAGGCGGCGCAGCUCCUAGAAGACAAGGAGAUCAAAGAAAGAGCGGUGACACUGAAGACCACGGCCCGUGCAAGCAUCCAAGAGGGAGGGUCCUCGCACCAGAACUUUCUCGAGCUUGUCAAUUUGCUGAGAGAACAAUGAUCUUUCAGGAUGCAGAAAAAAUCACUGCAGUCUUGGUGCAGUCAAAAUAGGAUUAAUCGGUCAAUAAAAUAAACCGAAUGCACACCAUAAUAAAGAUUCCGUUGUUUGAUGUACACUGUUGUUUAUGAGCCUAUCGUUCAACAUAGAAAGUAGUAUUGGAUUAUGAGCUGUUUAGUACCAUCAUCAGAAUGGGCUAGCGACCACUGGAAGCAUAAAAUUGACUCUAUUAAGCGGGGUUCCCAAUCCCUCCGAAGUGGCAGGAGAAAAUCACAAGGGGCAAAUGCGAGUUUGGUAAUAAAACAGGGCACUACGCAUUCCGUCGACAAAGGGUUUGCCGAUGCACUAGAGGUGUUCGACGGAAUGCCCAACGGCGGACUCCGGCGACGGAACGCAGCACACACCACACAGAAACUGUCCCCGAUGGCCGCCCUACCGUAAGAAAAAAACGAGCGCGAAGCGGGAGCUCACCAAGAUAUCCUUGCCGUUCUCGCGACCGCGCGGCGGCUCCACCCGCGGCGCGACCGAUAUGCCCCCCCGCCCGCGCGCGGCACGGGGUUUGAGCGAGGCGGCUGGCUCGCCUCCUCCUCCUCCUCCUCCUCGAAGCCUCGGGCUCCCCGGCCGGCGUCCACCCAGGCAGCGCCCCCAACUCCCCGGGACUCCGCCGCCCCCCGCCGCGGGGCAGCAUCAGCGAAGAGUUCAGCAACGCAGCGGCAAGGCAAAUCUGGAACUGAACUUCUGUGCUUGUACGGCCGGUCGCUCGCCUCCUGUAGUCCUGUGCUGGUAGCUGGAUUCGUUUCCGUUUGGGAAAGUUGGGCCGGGUAGAUUUAAGUUGGGCUUUCAAAUUUCAUUUGUGUUCUUCGGAUAGUAAACGGAAUAAAUUCACCCGAGGUUCGUUAACUUAACAGCGAGAUUUUUUGAGGUCCCUUAACCAUAAAAACCAUAAAUGUGUACCCCUAAACUUCCACAAACCGUGCACUCAAGAUGCUAUGUUAGCAUAUAUGGAUGGUUUCACUGAUGUGGCAUCCUAGUCAGCAAAAAAAAAAUUAAAAAAAUACAUGGGCCCACAAAUCAGCUACACUUUUUUUUUCUCUUUUCUUCUCAUUCUCUUCUCUUUUCUCUCUUCUCUCUUUCUCUUCUUCUGUGAGGGACGGGCGCGGCGGCCGGCGCGCGGGGAAGAAGCGUGAGAGAGACGGUCGGCGUCGAAGAAGGGGAGAGAGGUGGCCGGCGCCUGCCUCUCCCCAUCCGGAGCCGCGGCGGGUGAGCGAGCGAGCGGCGACCUCGCUGUCGCCGGCAUCCGCGCACCUCCUCAGCGCGACACCGGCGGAGGAGGCGGCCGGCGCCAGAGAAGAGGAGGCAGGCGCCCGGCACCUGCCUCUCCCCAUCCGAAGCCACGGCGGGUGAGCGGCGACCUCGCUGUCACCAGCCAUGCCGCCUCCACGGCCGCGCACCUUCUCGGCGCUACCCGGCGGAGGAUGCGGAGGAGCGUGACCGGGGGUGGUCGCGUGCGUCGAUGGGAGCGUCGGGAGAGGACUCGGCAGCGAGCGGGAGGAUAGGCAGGGAAGGGUCGAGCGGGAUGGACGACGACGAUGCAGGGCUCUCGGCGCCUUGCUUGACAUCGAUCUCCAUGCAGCUGUGGGCGGCUGCGGUCGCCGCCCGCCGCAGGCUCCGCUCUUCGUCGCUCCGCCUGCUUGCUUGCCCGUCGUCACCACCCGCCACCUGCUCCACUCUCCAUCGCUUCGCUUGCCUGCUUGUCCGCCGCCGGCACUCGCAGCCACGCUCGUCCACCGCUGCCCGUCCUGCCUCCUGCCUGCUUCGCAGCUGCCGCUCGCCUGUCGCCGACUCCGCUCUCCGCUGCCGUCGCGGUGACUGCUGCAACUUUCUCCUCUAUGGCAAGUGGAAGAAGAGAAGAAGAAGAAAAUAGAAAGGAAGAGGAUGAUGCUGACAAGUGGGCCCUUCCUAUUUCCUUCUCACUUAUAUGUGGUCCCACAUAUUAUUAUUGUUUUUAUUUUUUGCUGACUAGGAUGCCACGUCAGCAAAAACAGACGUCUAUACUGCUUAGGGACUUUUUUGUACGGUUUUACAUAGUUGAGGGGUAAAUAUUUCUGGUUUUGCA